AGAUCGGAUAAUCGGUUGCGGACAAUUUCCAGUCAUAGACGGGAAGCAUGGGUCCGGGGUUAUGGUGACCAGUGAUCUAGUCCAUCGAGCCAGCCCCGGGAACAACAACGGGAGAGGAAGAUCGGACGAAAGCAACUUAAGCGCGAAUGGCCAAUGUGAUCCCCACCCUGAAGCCAAUCUUUCAAAGGUGAGAGAAGGUGAGCCCAGCCCUCUGCUUUUGGUGCGACGGGCUGGUGUAGUUGCUCGAGCAAAAGGAGGAGGGGGGCUGAUCGAAAGAUUCCCCAAGUGCCCCCUCUCCCGCGCCAGUUCAGAGUCAGAGUCUGGACCGUUGGCCAGUCAGAAGAUGAGGCAGCGCCCUUUUUCCUAUUUCUUGACCGAUCCGCCCCGCGUCACCAAGCGGCUGAUAGAUCCUGGUCUAUAUCUCCGUCUCUGGUGGCCUCUUAGGAGUCUGAUAAAGCUGCCCUUCUUUCAUUCCCAUCGGAAAAGACAAAGAAAGGACGGACUACACCUUUCUUUAUCGAUUGGCUUCAUGUUCCGCUGCUUCCCA